UGUGCUGCUGGCAGUGUGCACUGCUUGGUGCCCUGGCUCCCAUCCCCAGGGUCCUGACUGCGCAGAGGACUGGGACUGAGCUGGGGCCUUUUGGGACGGAUUCGGGCAGGUGUACUGGUCCCGGAGCCUCUGUGCUGUGCAGAUGAAGCCACGGGUGGACACCUCACUGGGAGCAGGGAAAGAGGUGCGGGGACAAGCCCAGGGGCGUGUGGCACGGAAACAGUGCAGGGGCAGCUGGCAGAGCCCCCACCAGAGCAGGGAGCAGCAUGCAGAGCCACCCAGGCUCCUCACAGCUCCGGAUGAAGGGAGGAUGAUCAGUCCCCAGGAGCACCUGGAUAGGGUUUUGGCUGGGAGCAAGGAGAGCAUGGAGAGCGUCAGUGAGGAACCAGGCACGGAUCUGGCUUUUUGCACUGGAGAUGAUGAUGGGAUUGAGGAAGAUGGAGAAACCCCAGAGGAGCAGCUGCCGAGUUUCCCCAGUGAGCUCUCAGUGCUGGAGAAAUUGGGACUGCACAGCACAAAUUUGACGGAGCAGGACGUGGAGGCAGCCUUUGCCCACCUCGCCCUGGCGUUUCGCUGCGACAUGUUCACCCUGCAGCAACGAGUGCAGGUGGAGAAGCGAGCACAAGAUGCAGCAGAGGAAAACAUUCUGGAGGAGCUGGAGCAGUGCCGGACUUUCCUGGAGAGGCUGACUGCAUCCUGCAUGGAUGUGAGCUGCAAGGAGGUGCUGGAGCAGCUGCAGUGCAGCCUGGCUGUGCUGGCAGCUGCCAUCAAGCGUGCCACCAGUGCUGCAGAGAAGCUGGGAGCUGUCCACCAGGAGGCACGGAUGAGCCGAGCAGCGGAGGUGAUGGUCCAGCAUGUGGAGAACCUGAAGCGGCACCACCUGCGUGAGCACGCUGAGCUAGAGGAGAUGAAGUGCCUGAUCCAGCAGAACUCCCGCAACCGGCAGUUGGCAGAGACCCAGGAUGAUGCAGAGCUGCGGCUGAGGCCUCACCCCCUGAUGCGAGGUUUCCAACAGUCAUCUGCACGUCGCCGAGUCAGCAUUGCUGUCAUCCCAAAGCAGCUCUUGCCAGCUUCUGACGUGGAUGGCCGAGCAACCCUGGCUGGCGGGCCUGAGGGUGCCCAACACCAGACCAGCACCCAGAGGAGCAAACUGGAGCCACCAAGCCAGGGCAAGCUGGUGUGCGAGGGGCUAGUGGUGGAAGCAGGUGGCAAGCAGUUGGAAUCAAUCGCAGGGGGCAAGGAGCUGGGGCAGCUCAGGAUGAUGUCCAAGGAGUCCUCUGUGGAGCUGUGGCAACCGUGGCUCUUCAUCUCACAGCCCUACUGGGUUGUGUUCUGCCUGCUUCUCCUGAGCGUCGCCUUCCUCCUCCUUCUCCACCUUUUGGAGCUGCAGCGGCUGCAGCCUGCAGCAUCACCCAAAGCUUAGCUGCACCCACCCCCCAUCACUGCUCCUCCUGACACUCUUUCCCCCUCCUCCCUCCCUGCUCUCCCCCCAAAACCACGGAGGCCCUAGAAAAAUAAAAUUGGAGGAAAAAAAAUGGGGAGUUUUGAUGCUGGAGCAAAGGGUGACGUUCUGUGCUUGGAGCUUGGAGGCAUAAAGCUGCAUCAGCCUGCAUCCCUGUGAGAGUUUCCUGGUUCUAAUGACACAAUGAGGGAUACAGGGAUGUCCCUUGCAUGUCCCCUUUCCCGUGGGGACAGUGCCCAUGACCACCGUGGAUUUGCUUUAGGGCUGUGUCUCAGUUAUGCUCCCUUUGUCCCUGCACUGUAAGGAAUGCCAACACCUUCCCCUGCAUCCUCAACCCCAGCAUGGGCACACAGGGAGAGGAAGGAUCUGUACCUCCAGUUCCUUUUCUGCCUUAAUUAAGAUGUAUGCUAAUUCUCUACAUCUGUCCCCCCAAGGGACAAACCUACACCUGGAAGGAACUGAUUAUUAGCACUUAGACCUCUUUGUAGUAGAACAAAGUACUCACAAAGGGAGCUGUCAGAAGCAGCUCCAUGGCUGACACCAGCCCCAGUUCUGCACAGGCACCUCAUUUCUGCA